CUUGAAAUUAUUUUAUAUUAUUUUAUUAGAAAAAGUUUUUUUUAGGUCUUUUAGGUAGGCUCUUUGACGACAGCAAAUAGAAAAUUAUAGACAGGAAGUCUCUUAAAAAGUCGACUCUAUGAAAAGUUGUUGAAUUAUUUGUAUUUUGACCAAAAAGUCAUUUUAAUUUUACACAUGAUUGCAGAACAAGGGGUUAUCUUUCUCUUUACAUCCUACUCCCCGCCUGCUUUCUCUCCGGUAGCGCAUGGCCCCUCCUCCUCCUCAGUGCAGUCUCACACCGGUUCUGCUCUCCAUUCAACCGUAUGGCAUGCAGAUUGCGGGAGCCGGGAGGCUGGACAAGGGCAGGGCUGCGAGGUGUUUUGCUACACUCUUAAAAACACUUCUCUCUCCGCGUCUCCACAAACUACCUUCAAGAAGUUCACCUGCGAGUUCAGUCUGCCCCGCCUCCCAGCGAAGGUCCAAUCCCGAGCGCACUUCACUAUUGGAGAGAGAUGCCUGGAAACGCAACACCGAGACCGAAUCUGCAGAAGUCUACUAAUGUGGUUUACCAGGCCCAUCAUGUCAGCCGCAGCAAGAGAGGGCAGGUCGUGGGAACCAGAGGAGGUUUCAGAGGAUGCACAGUCUGGCUCACAGGUCUGUCCGGGGCUGGUAAGACAACGGUGGGAUUUGCUUUAGAGGAGUAUCUGGUCUCUCACUCCAUUCCCUGCUACUCUUUGGAUGGUGAUAACAUCCGUCACGGCCUGAAUAAGAACCUGGGCUUUACUUCUUUGGAUCGAGAGGAGAAUAUUCGCCGUGUUGCUGAAGUGGCCAAACUGUUUGCAGAUGCUGGGCUUGUUUGCAUUACAAGCUUCAUCUCACCAUUUACCAAAGACCGUGCAGAGGCCCGGGCGAUCCAUGAGAAAGCAGGUUUGCCGUUUUUUGAGGUGUUUGUGGACGCUCCUCUGGAGGUGUGCGAGAGCAGAGAUGUUAAAGGACUCUACAAAAAAGCAAGAUCAGGAGAGAUUAAAAGCUUCACUGGUAUAGAUUCUGAGUAUGAGUGUCCAGAGGCUCCUGAGCUGAUUCUGAAGACCGGAAAGCUCACAGUGAACGAAUGCAUUCAGCAGUUGGUAGACCUUUUGAAGGAACAGAGCAUCGUUCCCAGUGGAGCUGUAGAGGAGAUUCAUGAACUCUUUGUGCCUGAAAACAACCUCAAGCUGGCACAGACAGACGCCAGCCCCCUGCCCUCUAUCAGCAUCACCAAGUUGGACUUACAGUGGGUGCAGGUGUUGGCUGAAGGAUGGGCUAGUCCUCUGAAGGGCUUCAUGAGGGAGAGAGAAUACCUACAAGUCAUUCACUUCAACAGCCUACUGGAUGGUGGUACCAUCAAUCUCUCAGUACCCAUUGUACUUCCUGUUGCAACGGAGGUUAAAGAACAUCUACAGGGCAGCAUGGCUGUGGCUCUGGAGUACCAGGGAAAACGUGUCGCCAUCUUACGCAACCCAGAGUUCUUUGAGCAUCGAAAAGAAGAGCGAUGUGCUCGUCAAUGGGGGACAACCUGCCCCAAACACCCUUAUAUAAAGAUGGUUUUGGAAAGCGGUGAUUGGCUGGUAGGAGGUGAACUAGAGGUAUUGGAGAGAAUCAGAUGGAACGAUGGGCUGGAUCAGUACCGUCUCACUCCACGGGAGCUGAAGCAGAAAUUUAAAGAGAUGAAAGCAGAUGCAGUGUUUGCUUUUCAGCUCAGGAACCCGGUGCACAAUGGCCAUGCCCUGCUUAUGACUGACACGCGUCGACGAUUGGAGGAACGCGGGUAUCGAAGGCCAGUGCUACUUUUGCAUCCUUUGGGUGGCUGGACCAAAGAUGAUGACGUGCCUCUAGAUUGGAGGAUGAAACAACAUGCAGCCGUGCUGGAGGAUGGCAUCCUAGACCCACAAUCCACCAUUGUGGCCAUCUUUCCCUCCCCUAUGAUGUAUGCUGGGCCUACAGAGGUCCAGUGGCACUGCCGUGCAAGGAUGAUAUCAGGAUCUAAUUUUUACAUUGUGGGUCGUGAUCCUGCUGGGAUGCCCCACCCAGUGACAGGACAGGACCUGUAUGAGCCAUCUCAUGGAGGUAAAGUUCUGUCCAUGGCCCCUGGACUCACCUCUGUGGAGAUUAUCCCCUUCAGAGUGGCUGCAUACAAUAAGACCAAGAAAGCUAUGGACUUCUAUGACAAAGACAGGCAUGCUGAUUUUGAGUUCAUCUCUGGGACCAAGAUGCGCAAACUGGCCCGCAGUGGAGAGAACCCUCCAGAUGGCUUCAUGGCCCCUAAAGCCUGGAAGGUCCUCACAGAUUAUUACAUUUCUCUACAGAAAGAUGAGUGAUGACACAUACAGGAAGUUCCAACAAACAGAAAACCUCAGAUCACAGCGCAUGUUGUCCACACUGAGAAUGACUCAGUACAUUAAACUACAUCAAGGCAUUGAGAAAUGAAGGCACAUCCUUACAACUAGCUGGUAGCAAAGGUGGUCAAGACUUUACUACAGAAUGGUUUUUAACUGGAAAUAUGACCAUGGUUUGUCAACUGUGAAAUUUAAACUGAUGUGCCUUGAUUAACAGAUUGUCAAUCCCAAAGAUAUUAUGAGAUCUAUUUCUUAAAUUGUAUUUAAAAAACAUGUCUUGUAAACUUACAGAAAGAAAAAGUAUAUCAACUGUAAUCUAAAUGAAUCAAGUGGAUACAAUUUUUACGAUUUUAAAGAAAAAAUACAGAUGAAAUGGUUAUAUUGUAAAAUAUUGUUACAAUUCAAAUUAACUGUUUUAAUAUAUUUUUAAAUGUAAUUUAUUCCUCUGAUGGCAAUGCUUAUGGACAUUUUCUGUAACAAUUUAAACUUCUUUUUUUGUCAGUUUUGAUUAAUGUAUCUUGCUGAAUAUAUUAAUUUAUUUUUAAAAAUCUUACUGACCCCAAACUUUAAGUUGACAUAUAUAUCAAAAAGGUGUUCAUACAGCCACAAAUACAGUCAGAUUUCACCCUCCAACCAAAAUAAUUUUGUUUACAAAAAAAAAAAAAAAAUGUAACCCCCCAGGAAAGGGGCUGCUAUCUGGGGAUCAUAUUCCAGAAAUUAUAAUAGGAAAAUAUAUUAUCAUUAAUAUAUUUAUUUUAUUCAUUCAAAGAGAAUAAUGAAUAACACUGUCUCAUUAAAGAUUAAACAGUGUAUACAAUAUUAUGUUAUUUGGCUAUUCUGUAUAUCAUGUCUCUUUUAAUUAAAGCUUUUCAAUGUGAUGACAUAA